AUGCCAACAAAAACGAGUAAAUCAACCGGUGGUGCCUUACGUUCAACAAGUGCCUCAUCAAAACCUAAAGGUCGUGGUAAAAGUAGUUCACCAAAACGUAAAGCUCGUGCUAAAAGUGCUAUUGCACGUCCUGAAAUCGAUGUCUUAUCACCUGCAUCUGUUAUUAAUGCAUAUUAUAUAUGUCAUGAUGUUGCUGAUUGUUUAGAUGCACGUGGUUUUGCAUGGGAAGGAGCUAAGAAAGGCAAAAAAAAGAAGAAAAAGAAGAAAACGUGA